GAGUUUCGUCACUUCCUCUGCAGAGAAGGCUCGUUAGGAGACGGUUUGGUGCUGCGAGCAACCGCGGUCGGCGUCCACGGCACUGAGGCGAAAGGAUGAGCGACAGCGGGGAACAGAACUACGGCGAGCGGGAGUCCCGUUCCGCUUCCAGAAGUGGAAGUGCUCAUGGUUCUGGCAAAUCUCCAAGGCACUCACCUGCUAGAUCAAGGUCCAAAGAGGGUUCAAGGCGAUCUAGGUCAAAGUCUAGGUCAAGAUCUGAAUCACGAUCCAGAUCAAGGAGGAGUUCUCGGAGACAUUAUACAAGAUCACGUUCACGUUCUCGAUCCCACAGAAGAUCAAGAAGCAGAUCUUACAGCCGCGACUAUCGGCGCCGACACAGUCAUAGCCAUUCUCCUAUGUCUACUCGUCGUCGUCAUGUUGGCAACAGAGCAAAUCCUGACCCAAACUGUUGUCUUGGUGUAUUUGGAUUAAGCCUAUAUACAACAGAAAGGGAUCUAAGAGAAGUAUUCUCCAAAUACGGCCCAAUUGCUGAUGUUUCUAUUGUAUAUGACCAGCAGUCUCGACGUUCUAGAGGAUUUGCCUUUGUCUACUUCGAAAGUGUUGAUGAUGCUAAGGAGGUAAGUUGGUGUUCAUACACUAAAAUAUAUUGUACUUUUCAAACACCCCAUGCUAAGAAAAGGCAUAUAAAUAUUUUCAAGCACUGGAAAGAAAAAGGUUUCAUAGUCAUUAGUUUUGAUAACUAUAUAAUCAUUGGCUUAUCUUUUUAUGUAACUAUAUAUUGCUUUGUUUUGUGUUCCUCAUAUCAUAUCCUGUAUUUUCCAUACAGUGGUAGUUCCCGACGGAGAGAUUACUAUGACAGAGGUUAUGACAGAGGCUAUGAUGACCGUGACUAUUAUAGCAGAUCAUACAGAGGAGGUGGUGGUGGUGGAGGCGGUGGCGGAGGAGGAGGAUGGCGAGCUGCCCAAGACAGGGAUCAAAUGUACAGGAGAAGAUCACCAUCUCCAUAUUACAGCCGAGGUGGCUACAGAUCUCGCUCUCGGUCUCGAUCAUAUUCACCUCGUAAGUAA